AUGAAUAUGGCUCAUGUUAUAAAUCAAACCAAUUCAAUUAUGACUGGAGAAAUGUCUAGAGAUGAAAUGGCACACGAAUUAAAUAUUACAUCUGAUGAUAUUGCGAAAAUUAAAGAAAUUGUUACUAAAUAUAUUCAGUACCCUGAAUUUAGAACAAUUUUAAUUAAAACUUUAGAUGAUUUUGAACCAGGUAAAGAAGAAGAACCUAAGAAUGAAUCAAAAUUGAAACCAAAGAAUAAACAUACUAAAAAGAAAAAGAAGGAAAUCCAUCAAUUAUCAAAAACAACAAAUAAUAAUUUGAAUAACAAGGAUGAUGAUAAAUUAGAGAAAAUAGAUGAAGAAAUAAAACUGGAAAUUGAUGCUAAUAUAAUUGAAGAAAAACGAAUCAAUAAAGAAUUGAAUAUUUUUUUCAAAGAAUUAAUAUUUUAUGAAAAACAAGCUGAAAAAGCAAUUGAAAAUUCAUGUUCAUUUGCAUUAUUACCUACUAUAUCACCAUUAAAAGAUGAUUUUAUAAUUAGAGGAAAUCAUGAUAAAAAAAGGGUUUUUAAAUUAAUUCAAAUUCAAGAAUAUUUUAUCCAAAUUGGAGUUCCUUUUAAAAGAUGGCCAUAUAUUAUAAGUGAUUAUCUAAUAGGUGAAGAUUUAGAAAAUAAUUAUCAAUUAUUGAUAAGUGAAAAAUUAAAAACCGGAGAAUUAUUAGAAUGGAAAGAAAUUGCAGAAAUGUUUAUUAAAACUACAAAUUUAAAUAAAACCAAUCGUCAAUUAUGGAUUAAAUUAGUUGGAAAUAAACCAAAACCUGGUCAAAAAGUUGUUGAAUAUUUAGAUAAAUCUUUAGAAAUUUUGAUACUUACUGUUAAUUUUAAAAAUAGAGAUAAACCUAUUAGAAAUAUAAUAUUAGGACAUUUAGAAAGAUUUUUUGAAUCUAAAUUAAAUCAAGAUGAACUGAUUUUUGAAGAAAAGGAUAUUUCAUUGUUUUUUAUUAAAUUACGAGAAUUAUUUCAAUAUGAUAAAUUUCCUUUACAUAGUGAAAAACAUAAAUGA